CGAUGCGGUUUCCUUACCAGCACUCACAGUCUCACAGCAGUCACCGCUCUCACCAGCCUCAUCGGCUUAACCAGGAGGGUCAUCCGUGUUGCAUGCAUAUGGUGCCGUUUAGUGCUGUCCGUUUGUUAUCGCGUGUGUUAUGCUGCCGGUACUGGUCACGGUAUAGUCUUUCCCUUCACGCGGUGCAAAACGCAUGAUGGGCAACCACGUGGCACGCGUCGGGAACACGUCGCACAGGAAGACAGAAUCGACAACCGCGACAGGCGCCGGUAACGGGAACGGUAAUGGGAACCACGGCACCGCCACCGCCACUGCCGUCGUUUCCAAGAGCGAGCCGGACCAUCAUAACUCUCACACGCAAUUCUUCCCGAUCGAGAGCCUCGCCAAGGUGACAGCCGCUCGGGCUGUUUCAAACUAUUCUCAAAUUUUGAUAGCGAAUCGUACGCUCGAUGCUCUGCAGAAUUAUUCGAAGAAAAUACUGUCGCAUCUAGCCUAUCAAGAGAAACAUGUUAACGGCAUUACCAAGUCUGUAUUCGAAAUGUACUUAUUUCCUACUCAUCCAGAACUGAGUGAGAAGCUAUUUGCUUACUUACACUACAAUGCCCAUGCCACAACUGCAUACAUAAGUACAACAGCUUUUAAGCAGCAAGCCGAGAAGUUUUUGUCAGUAAUGAAUGACCAAGCUAUAUUGGAGAAUUAUGUAAAAAUGUAUUCUGACAUGAAGAACGGUGGCAAUGUUACUCCCGAAACACUACGAGCGUUGUUGAUGUGUUGCUACCAGUUGGCAAUGGAAAAUAAUAGUACCAGUUUGUGUCUUCACUCGCAGCAGAUAAUAAACGCAGUUGUUAUUUCAUGUUUUCACGGCAAGACUAACUUGUCCACGAGCUACGUGAGCAAUUGGAUCGGGCAGCACUGCCCACGCCUAGUGUACGGUCUACAGCGAUACGUAGUACACGUGUUAACGACUGCUUAUCGCAAUGGUAAAGCACUUCUAUCGAAAGAGCAACCGCAACCUCUCGUGGAAGUACUUACUCCCGUAUUGGAAAAGUCAGAUCGAGAAUUUCCUGAAGAGAAUUCAUUGCCAAUAAGUUACGUCUGGCUGUUAUCGUGUACGCUACCACAAUGCUACCUCCAGACCAACGAUUCGCCGAAGGACACAACUCACGCUUUGAUAGCGAGAACAACAGGCAGUAUUUGUCCAAGGCAUUGGACGUUAUUGUACAAUAGCGGAGAGCAUGGGACCGGGGCUAAUCGCUUCCUUCAUCAUGUAUUAGGUUACAGAGGUCCUACUCUGCUAAUUAUAAGAGCCACUAGCGUAAAGAAAGAUGAGGAAUGUCCGACGUUUUGUGUAUGCUCGGCCGUCGAAUGGCAUGAAAGUCAUCUCUAUUGGGGCGACGAAGACUCGAUAGGCAUUCAACUGAUUCCGUCCUAUAGAGUUAUGGAGAAAGGUCCGAAAAUAUUAUACCUGAACACAAAUAUCAGAGGCUACCCGCACGGUUUGCGACUCGGUAGUGAUCCGCGUUCGCCGCUUAUCAGUAUCGACGAAUCAUUCCACUCGGUGUCUAUCGCCGGCGCGCCUUAUGAUAUCGCCAACUUGGAAGUCUGGGGUUGUGGCGAUACAAAACUGAGAGAGAAGCAAUUGGAGAUCAAGAAGUGGCAGGUGAAAGAGGCAGAGAAACAGAGGGUCGUCAAGUUGAGCGCGAGCGAUUGGCUGGACCAUCCUGAUCGUUAUUUACUAGAAUUGGCUGGUAGAGCGUCUUACAACGAAUCUAACAAUUAGAGUCGCGAAAGGAUAACGCGCGCGCUCAAAUAACUGCUCAUUACCACUUUAUCUUGUACAUAUGUAUAUAGCAUCAAAAAUAUUAUCACCGGAGUUUCUGUACUUAUGUUGGUGUACGAAAGACGUACGCAUGAAAUGUGAUUAUGUGACUUAUGUGAAAUACAGGGACUUAUGCUUGACAUGUACUUAAGCACAAGUGCCAGUUUGUAAUCGUCUA